UGAAAGUGAAGCGGGAAGUCCGGGAUUUUCCCUUUUCUCUCUCGAUAAUAGGGGUACCAAUAUUAACUGUCAAACUAAUUGACUUAAACACUACUACUUUGGGACACUUUGGGGAUACUCUGCACCCUGCGAACUGUCCUUGUUUGAGUUUAAGACACGGACACUACUCCACUUAUUUUUGUUAGUUGUUAAACUCGCUACAGCUAAAGCAAUCGGGCUCUUUGCGCUCAAUGGCUGGCCGUUUAUAUCGUCUGGGAUGGCUGAGAAAUGAAUAAGAACUCCUAUGGAUCUGAGAGUGACCUUCUGAGUGUGCGUACGGGGACGAUUUCAGUAGCCUCUUACAUGAAACCCCAUAUUUCCCUUUUGGGGAUCUAUUUAGGAGUCUGUGCAGCGUUUUAGUUCCGAGCGCACUUGUGUCUGACUCAACGAUGUGCUCCGGGGGGAAAUACUGUGUGCUUUUGUUUCUGUUCAGAAGUAUUCUGUCGGACCCGGGAACCACAAACCAGGUGGUUCUGUUGGACACUACAACAGUGCUAGGCGAACUGGACUGGAAUACAUAUCCUGUCAAUGGGUGGGACGCCAUCACAGAGAUGGAUGAGCAGAACAGACCGAUUCACACCUUCCAGGUCUGCCACGUAAUGGAGCCAAACCAGAACAACUGGCUGCGGUCGGGAUGGAUCCAGAGGCAGGCUGCACAGAGGGUGUAUGUGGAGCUGCGUUUCACCCUGAGAGACUGUAACUCCAUCCCUUGGGUGUCUGGCACCUGUAAGGAAACCUUCAACCUGUUCUACCUGCAGACAGAAGAGCAGCUCUCUGGAGGGACUCGCUUCAGGCCUACUGAUUAUGCCAAGGUGGACACUAUAGCGGCAGAUGAGAGCUUUACACAGACGGAUCUUGGCGAUCGUGUUCUUCGCCUCAACACUGAGGUCAGGGAGGUGGGGCCGGUGACCCAGAGGGGCUUCUACUUAGCCUUCCAGGACGUGGGAGCGUGUAUUGCUCUUGUGUCUGUUAAGGUGUUCUACAAACGCUGCCCAUCGACUUUAAGGAACCUGGCAGCGUUUCCUGACACAGUGCCACAUAUGGACUCCUCCUCUCUGGUGGAGGUUAGGGGUGCUUGUGUGGAGAAUGCAGAAGAGAGAGACACACCCAAACUGUACUGUGGUGCUGACGGAGACUGGCUGGUACCCCUGGGCCGCUGUGUGUGUAGUAUCGGCCACGAGGAGAUAGAUGGCUACUGCAAAGCCUGUAAACCUGGCUUCUUCAAGGCAUAUGCUGGGAACACUAAAUGCACCGAUUGUCCACAACAUAGCUCGAGCCAUGACCAGGCCGCCACCAUCUGCCACUGCGACAAAGGCUUCUAUAGAGCUAUCAAAGACUCCUCUGCCAUCCCUUGUACGAGGACUCCGUCAGCUCCCAGGAAUCUGGUCUCGUUGAUCAAUGACACAGCUCUCUUCUUGCAGUGGAUGCCUCCUAGCGAUACAGGAGGCAGGCAGGACAUCACUUACAACAUCCUGUGCCAGCGCUGUGAGGAAAGAGAUGGCGACAGUGGUGUGGCCCAGUGUGAACCAUGUGGGCCAGACCUGCGGUUCAUCCCGCGGCCGCUUGGUCUGACUGGAACCUCUGUGGCAAUUUUAGAUUUUGCAACACACGCCAACUACACCUUCCAUGUGGAGGCAGCGAAUGGCGUCUCUGGGCUCGGGGUGUCUCCACGCUCGCUGGCGAAUGUUACCGUCAAUACAAACCAAGCCGCAGGACCUGCUGAGGGUACAUUCAGAGAUAAUAGGGAUUUCAACUCUGAAAACAACAUAACGACUUAUUUUGAUUAG